UGGGAUCCAGACUGGACACAUCCACUUAAAGGAAAAGGGAGAAGAGAGAAGAAGCGAUAGACGGAUGAAACAGGAACAUGCCUGAACGCAAGCAGCCAGCUCCUAAGAAACAGGAAGCAGCUCCUCCUGCUGAGCACACGCCUGGGGAGGAGCGACAGAUGUCGGAAGUCACUGGCCUCAUUGUGGAGAAGCCCCAGAGUGCCACGGCAACCAAAGGGAAAAACAUCACAUUCGUAGCCAAGGUGGACUCUGCGAAUCUCCUGAGGAAGCCGACGCUGAAGUGGCUGAAAGGGAAGUGGCUGGACCUCGGCAGCAAAGCUGGAAAACAUCUGCAGUUUAAAGAAACCUAUGACAGGAACACUAAGAUCUACAUGUAUGAGAUGACCAUCGUGAAGGUGGUGGAGGGAGAUGCAGGAGGUUAUCGCUGCGAGGUCACGUCCAAGGAUAAAUGCGACAGCUGCACUUUCGAUGUCACAGUGGAAGCUGCACAGGAGGUUGCGCAAACCAACAUUCUGGAGGCCUUCAAGCGAUCAGGAGAUGCAGGAGAAGAUGCUGGAGAUCUGGACUUCAGUGGCCUCCUUAAGAAAAGAGAGAGGAAGCAGAAGGAGGAGCCUCAGGAGGAAGUGGACGUCUGGGAGAUCCUAAAGGCAGCAAAACCCUGCGACUAUGAGAAGAUCGCCUUCCAGUACGGGAUCACCGACCUGCGCGGAAUGCUGAAGAGACUGAAGAAGAUGAAGAAGGUGGAGCCCAAAAAGAGCGACGCGUUCCUGAAGAAGCUGGACCCUGCAUACUCUGUGGAAAAAGGGAAGAAGAUCCAGAUGUCUGUGGAACUGACCGAUCCAAACCAACAGGUCAAGUGGCUGAAAAACGGCCAGGAGAUCAAACCUUCAGCAAAGUACGUGUUUGAGAGUAUCGGAGGAAUCCGCAGACUGACUAUUAAUAAGUGCACUCUGUCGGACGACGCUGCGUACGAGUGUGUGGUCGGAGAGGAAAAGUGCUUCACUGAGGUGUUUGUACAAGAGCCUCCAGUCACCAUCACCAAGCUCCUGGACGACAUCCAUGUGGUGGUUGGGGAAAAGGUGGAGUUUGAGGUGGAAGUGUCUGAGGAAGGAGCCAGCGUUAAAUGGAUGAAGGACGGGGUGGAGCUGAGUCGGGAUGGAAAGUAUCGAAUUAAGAAGGAAGGCAAGAAACACUGGCUGAUCAUCAACGAAGCCACCAAGGAGGACAUCGGAAUGUACCACGUCUACACCAGCGGGGGGGAGUCGAAGGGAGAGCUGGAGGUGGAAGAUAAGGAGCUGGAGGUGCUGCAGAGCAUUGCCGAUCUGACGGUGAAGGCCGCUGAGCAAGCCGUGUUUAAAUGUGAGGUUUCUGAUGAGAAGGUCACGGGGAAGUGGUUUAAAGAUGGAAUGGAGGUCAUACCCAAUAACCGCAUCAAAAUGACACACGUCGGCAGGAUCCACAAGUUGGUGAUUGAUGACGUGAAGCCGGAGGAUGCUGGAGAUUACACGUUCGUCCCUGAUGGUUACGCGAUCUCCCUUUCGGCCAAACUCAACUUCUUGGAAAUAAAGAUCGAAUAUGUUCCUCAUCAGGAUCCUCCAAAAAUCCACCUGGACACCACGGGCAGCCUGGUGAACAAGAACACCAUCAUCGUGGUGGCGGGAAAUAAACUGCGUCUGGACGUGGAGAUCACGGGAGAACCGGCUCCUACUGUCUGCUGGAAGAAAGGAGGAACUGAGAUGACGGCCACAGAGGGACGAGUGCGUGUGGAGAGCAGGAAGAACCUGAGCAGUUUUGUGAUUGAGGGAGCAGAGAGGUCAGAUGAAGGUCUUUACAACAUCACCGUCACCAAUCCUGCAGGAGAGGACAAGGCUGAGAUCAUCGUCAAGAUCGUGGAUGUUCCUGAUCCACCAGAGAAUGUGCGCUGUACAGGUGUGGGUGAGGACACCGCCUCCAUCCUCUGGGACCCGCCCAAAUUUGACGGAGGUUCACUGCUUAAAGGAUAUCUGAUGGAGAGGAGGAAGAAAGGCUCCUCCAGGUGGACCAAGCUGAACUUCGACAUCUACGAGAUGACCGUGUACGAGGCCAAGAAGAUGAUCGAGGGCGUGAUCUACGAGAUGAGAGUGUUCGCCGUCAACAGCAUCGGGAUCUCGCAGCCCAGCGCCGUCUCCAAACCCUUCAUGCCCAUCGCCCCGACCAGUGAGCCGACCCGUCUGAUGGUUGAUGACAUCACAGACAACACGUGUGCACUGAAGUGGCGUCCCCCAGAGAAGAUCGGCGCCGGGGGCGUGGACGGCUACAUCAUCGAGUACUGUCUGGAAGGAGGGAGCGAGUGGGUGCAGGCUAACGAGACCCCGGUGGAUAAGAUCACGUACCGGGUUCGAGGUCUGCAGGUGGGAGAGAAAUACCUGUUCAGAGUGAAAGCAGUGAACAUCGCAGGCCUGAGUCCACCUGCUGAGAUCAACCAAGGAGUGACCAUCAGAGAGAUCACCGAGAACCCCAGGAUCCGUCUGCCUCGUCAGUUGAGGACUAAGUACAUCAAGAAGGUUGGGGAGAAGGUCAACCUGGUCAUCCCCUUUCAGGGAAAACCUCGCCCUGUGGUGACCUGGUUAAAGGACGACGCUCCGCUGGACCCCAAACUGGUCAACAUCCGCACCACUGAGGUGGACACCAUCCUGUUCAUCAGGAGCGCCACUCGGGAACAUUCUGGAAAAUACACCCUCUGCGUCAAGAUCGAGAACAUGGAGGACAAAGCCGACAUCGAGAUCCAGAUCGUAGAGAAGCCCGGGCCUCCCAUCAACAUCAUGGUGACUGAUGUGUGGGGUUUUAACGCUGCUCUUGAGUGGAAGCCUCCCAAAGACAAUGGCAACACUGAGAUCACGGGAUACACCGUCCAGAAAGCUGACCUGAAGACCAAGGAGUGGUUCACGGUGUAUGAACACAACCGCAGGCCAAGCUGCACCGUCUCUGACCUGGUGAUGGGGAACGAGUACAAGUUCCGCGUGUACAGCGAGAACAUCUGCGGCCUGAGCGAGGAGGCGGGGCUUAGCAAGAACUCCGCCAUCAUCUCCAAGACAGGUCUUCAGUAUAAGAAAAAGCCCUUUAUAGAGCGGGCUAUGAGCAGCUCCCCCAAGUUCAUCACGCCCCUAGUGGACAGGUGCGUCAUUGCAGGUUACAACGCCGCCAUCAGCUGCGCCGUCCGCGGCUCCCCUAAGCCCAAGAUCAUCUGGAUGAAGAACAAGAUGAUCAUCGGCAGCAACCCGAAGUUCCUCAUGCAGAACAACCAGGGUGUCCUGACCCUGAACAUCCGCAAGCCCAGCCUGUUUGACGGAGGGAUGUACACCUGCAAGGCCGUCAACGACCUCGGCGAGGAUGAGGUGGAGUGCAAGCUGGAGGUCCGAGUCAUUACUGAGAAGGACGGAGUGAAGAAAUGAAGCUGAAAGCAGCACAGCAGGAUGAAAUGGAAAAGUGGAAAACAGAUGAAAUUACAGUAGAGAAUAAAUGUGAUUGAUAGUGUAGUGUCUUAUGCAGUGUCUCUAUGCCUGAGUUCUAGCAGCG